ACGCUACGCCACUUCUCUAUCAGCGCCCUCCUCCGUCCCUCCGCAGCCCGCGGCCAGCGCGGCGCCCGCGAGUGGAAUUCGCGAGCCUCGCGCCUCGCGACGCCGCGCGCCGUACUCGCUACUCUCAGCUCAGUGUACUAGCGACCGUUCGCAUCUGAGGACGAGCCGCUGUUCCACGCGUACGCUACUUAUUACGCAGCUGCGAGAUUCGCCGACCGCGUGGGCUUUUGCCGAAGUGCGAGCUCGGCGGCUCCGGAGCUGCUCCAGCCUUUUGGUCGCGCUCGUUUAGUGUUACUCGAGUGUCAAAUCCAGUGAUAGCUGUUAUCAGUGUCGAAAAGUUUUACCGGUCGCCGGACAAACUUAGAGACGCUACACGAGUCCUUGAGAUUGUUGGUGUGAUGCUAGUGAUAAUCAUAGACCGAUACGCUUUUUAGCCACGUUACAAGGUUAACGCGCCUCGAGCCAGAGAUGAAUUGGAAAAUCGGCGCGUAGUCGCUCACGUGGUGCACGCCCCGCCCCCGCCUCGCUCCGCACUUAUAUUUAGCGAAAAUCGCCUCUAGGGAGCGGCCCGACGGCAGAUACGCACGCUCAUCUCUGUUUAUGAACGUUAGUACGACGCCACAUGUUAUUGGCUCCGUGUGACAGAGGCGAUAAGGAGUUAGAUAACCUUUGCGGAUCGCGGGCAGGGUCUGAUCACGUUCUGGAAUUAUAAAGAAAUCCAAAAAACGAACGAUGAGCGAGCUGUAAUGGUAACGAUCGCAGUAUAGUCGCGCUGGUGAGCGCGGCGAGCGACACACCCACCAAAAAAUUCCACGGCUUAGCGACAGCGCGCAUUAGAAAUGUCUUUGCCGAGAGGAGGCAGCUACCCGAGCCCAUGGUCGUCGCAGACGGCACUCUCCGAGCUGGAGGGGGCCAUGGGAGAGUUGGAGCCUCUGGGAGAAAUGGCAGAUGUCGGCUUUGAGCCCCAAACUCGCGCUCGAUCGAACACGUGGCCGCUACCGAGGCCGGAAAAUUAUACAGAACCAGAAGACUCGGGCUCCAAGAAGAAUUCUAAUCAAAACCUUUCUGGUGCUCCGCCGUUGCCGUUGGUAGCGAAGAAAAACUCUUCCAGGCGCAAUGCUUGGGGCAACCUUUCCUAUGCUGAUCUCAUUACUCAAGCUAUAACCUCAUCUCAAGAUAAUAGACUAACACUGUCGCAGAUUUACGAGUGGAUGGUCCAGAAUGUGCCAUAUUUUAAAGAUAAAGGGGACAGUAAUUCAUCUGCUGGAUGGAAGAACUCAAUUCGGCAUAACCUGUCACUUCACAACCGGUUUAUGAGGGUCCAGAACGAGGGCACCGGCAAGUCCUCGUGGUGGAUGAUCAACCCAGACGCGAAACCGGGCAAGUCGGUGAGGCGACGCGCUUCCUCCAUGGAGACGUCCAAGUCUGAAAAACGAAGAGGCCGCAUUAAAAAGAAGCCUGAAGCAUUAAGAAACGGAGUCACAGCUGACGCUACACCAAGCCCCAGUAGUUCAAUAUCCGAAAGUCUCGAUAUGUUCCCCGAUUCUCCAAUACACAGCAGCAUUUUACAGUUAUCUCCGGACUUCCGUCAGAGGACUUCGUCCAACGCUUCGUCAUGCGGUCGCCUGUCGCCGAUUCAGUCCCUAAUGCCCUCGCAACCGGACUGGGCUUCAGAUUACACCCCUGCGGGGGAUUACGCUCCGAGCAAUGAAUAUUCCCAAACGGAAUACCCCAAUACUCAAGACGACGUCCUAGCUGGAACGCUCGCCGACUCCAUGAAGCUGCAAGGAGGAGACCCAUUCCUAAAUACGUACGUUCCAACGACAUCGUCAUCGUCGUCGAGUGGGAGUUACCGCUACUCGUACGGGACAUGUCCUCGACAUCCGCACGGCGGGUGCAACUGCCCGUCGCUGUUCCCCGCUCACCCCGCGCACCCGCAUCAACACGCACUUAACCAUUUCGUUCGACCGCCACCACCUGCAGACCCCGCUGAUAUCAUGCAAACAGAAAACAGUCAAAUGCAAAUGGUGGCGACAUCAGACGCUGGGCUACUAAACGGGGGCUUAAUGGUGCAAACUGGGGCGAUGGUGCCCACCACGGUGAUGGGUCAGAUCAUGGGCGCCCUGAACACUGGACUUGCAGAGGACUUGAACUUGAAUAUAGAAACAUUGGAACAUAGUUUCGAUUGUAAUGUUGACGACGUAAUCAAUCAUGAACUCAGCAUGGGCGGUACGUUGGACUUCAAUUUUCAACAACAGAACACCGCGAUGGCAGCGGAAGCAGAAAGCCAGUUCGUGGCUCCAGCACCACCUGUCCCCACCACGCUCUCUGGCGGAGGGGCGCCUCACACACCUUAUUCCGUAGCCCCCUCUUGGGUCCAUUGAAAGAAAACCGUAGUAAACACGUGUAUCUAUUUGCUUAUGGCUGCGGCGUAGACAUCGAAUUUAGACGUACGAUUUAUCGUUUAAGCUCCUACGCAGACACAUCGAAUUUGGACGAGAGUUGACGUUUGAGAGACAGGACAUAACUAACAUAAGUCGUCAUCGACUUUUUGAAAUCGAAAUGCAAACUGGAUUUUUUUAUAAUCAUAAAAUACUUAGUUCUCUAUUACAUUUUUACUUGUAGCUAUGGGUGACAUCCAUUUUGUGGUUUCAAUUCUAACUGCUCUUUAUACAAGAACUGUUUAAUUUGACUUUGAAAUGGUUGUUAUUUAUCGAUAAGACUUUAAAUCUAAUAUUAUAGAGGAUCAAGACCCAGGGUUUACGUACUAAAUUAUUCGUAACUGGUAGCCUCUGAAAAACAAUGUCAGACAUGCUAGGACAAAGAAGACAACGUAAGUCUAAAUUCGAUGUGCUUAUGCGUGCCCUUACACGUUGGAAUAUGUAACCGCCAUAACUCAACAAUGAUUUUUAUAUAAAUCAUAAUGUAAAUACGACGCAAGCAGAUUCUGUUCAAGUUUGAUACUUUGCAUGGUAGUCGAGAUUUUUUUUGUUUAUCAUGUUAACUAAUGUUGGAAUUUUAUUUAGCGUUAAUGUUAAGUGGAACGUUACCGAUCGUUGUUAAAGUGUCAAUUGUGUUAGUGUAGGCUUUAGUCUUAAGCUAGGUGGAAGCUUGUGAUAUGUAGUAGUUUAUUUGUCGGUUUUGAGGACCGGGAGGGGGCAUGCGGACGGACCUCUAAGUGGAAAGCAAAGAUGUUAAGAAAUAUAAACAACAAUCAGGAGAGGACAAUUUGGAACGUGAAUUCAAUUUUCUCAAGACAAGAAUGAUCGUCACAGUGCAAAUUGAAACUGCAAACAAAGUGCUUCUUAAAAACUUUUUAUUGAAAGAAAAAAUUAAAUGCUACAAGGAAUGAGAGACUUUUGGACUAAAAAAAUAUUCAAAGAUAUUGUGACCUCGCGUAUUUUAUUUCGUAGGAAAGUGAUUGGAUUUUUUUUUCAAAGAAGUGCUAAAUAGACUAUAGUUUCUUACAUUUUACUAUGAAUAUUGAUAAUUUAUUCAAGUACAGUGAUAUGGACAAAGUUAUUAGAGCCUUCACACACUGUAGACUAACAGUAAUAUGGACGAAGUUAUUAGAGCACACUGUAAACUAAUCGGCCGGGCGGUUAGUCGCCAGUGUGUAUUGGCUUUUACUAUUAUUAUGUAGGUAUGUAAAUAAUGAUGAGUGCAGUUUACUUAGACUGAUUUUCAUACCCGUCGGUAUAGUUCUCGUUACAUCAUGGAGCCCAAAGCUCACGCACCAUUGCCAUUAUUUUUUGUAUAUCUUUAAACUAUUUUUAAAAAUCGAUGUACUUCAAUGCCUCUUCAACGAUUUCGUGCGGGCCAAUGUUAUACUUUAUAUUUUUAAGUAAAUAAUUCAUAGGAUUAUAUUUGUGUAAAUGUCAUCGAGUACAACUUGCGUAGUUAUAUUAUAACUUAGGUAAAUCGGGAAGUUUUAGUUUAAAAAGAAUAAGGUAUGAUUUAUUAAUGAAACAAAUACCUAUUAAGUACAUUUAUUUUUAUAAGGAUAAGUACUGAGUUAUUCUUGCGAUUUCUCAUAAUGAGCGGACUCAGUAGAAAAAAUUAAUCUUAAUAACUAUAAUAUCGUAAAAUUUUAAAAUAUAAUUCCAGUAAUUUAAUUUAAUAACUAAAUAUAUUUUGCGUGCGCCAUAUAUUAGUUCCAUAUUGCUCAAUAGUACCUAUAGUCUAAAUUGCCGGCCAAUUUUUUAUACACAGUUAAUUACCUACUUACAACGUCAAUUUAUGACUGUCGGUGAUGAUUUACAACAUCCACGAUAGUCUCCAAAAGGUCACAACUCACAAUCAAUUAACCAGGGGUUGACCGAUAGAACGUAUUUUUUAACUGCUAUCUUUGUCACAGCAGGUAGUUGAGCUGGUGAACAAAACGGUGUAAUUGAACAAAAAAAUUACAGGUGUUAGUAAAAUAAUUGUACCGUUUUGAUCGAAAUCACUUACUUCAGACUAAAUUUUACAACAGUUUUUAAAGUGGUUUGGCAUGGAAAUGAGUACAGAUUUGUAUUCAGUGUGCCAAGACUGUCUGGAUUGAAGAAAACGAUAAUUUGAUCAGAAGUUUUGUUCACCAGCCUAAUAAAAAGAGUUUUCAUAUUCAAAAUCUAUUCGGACCUUGGAGCUAAAUUAUUGAGGUGACCGACCGCUCCCUAUUCUCGACAAAUAUAUUUUAAAAAGUUAUUUUCUUCACAGGUACGUAUUUAGUCUAUGUAGGAAUGAAAAAAUUAAAUGGGUAGGUACCUAGGUAAUUUUAAUUAUAAUAGCUAUACGUAUAUGAACGGCACUAAAUUGUGAAUAACCAGUCGGCACCAUGUAAGUAACGAGUUGUGAUAGCUGUGGUGCAAAAGCAGCAUUCGAAAAAAACCGAUACCUAUUAUAUAAAUAAUAUAAGCGUAGGUACCUACGUAAGGAAGCACAAACAAAAGCCUUUAUAGUCAGAUGUCUAGUCCCAGAUAUUAAAUAUUUCGAAUAAGCUACUUCGUCAACUAAGUACAGUAGAUUAACUAUACCUAGUAACUACUCGUAGUUAGCAACGAAGGCUAACCAUAAAAUUACUCGAGCAAAGCGAGUUCACUUGUAAAUUACCUCAGUGGACUGUUUGUGAUAGAUUUAUCCAUUAAGUGUUCAAUUUAGUGAAUUUAAUUAAGUCAAUUGCUGUAAUAUUUGACGUCCAUAUACAUAUUGUUAGAAGCACUAAUUGAUUUUGCUAAUUAUCUUCACCAUGCGAUGUUUUACUAUCUACCUAAGUAGGUAGGUAUGAUUUUUACAUCUCACAAGAUCAGCAUAAUACAUAAUGUAAACAUUGCUUUAUAUUAUUUAAUACCAACAACGUAUAUGCAGCUGACAUUGGUGCUAUAGAUAAUGUAUUUCAUAACCAUUUCAAAAAGCAUGCUUUCAUACCUUUUUUCUUUACUCAUAUUUUUUUUAAUUCGUACCAAUUAGGAAAUGGCAUUGCGGCAUGCAGUAUGUAAGUUGUAACUUGUAACCAUGCUACGUAAAAACCUAACCGAAAAAAAAAUAUUGGGACAUCGAAUACGUAUGAAAAUUUGUUGUUUUUUUAUUUUUAUAAAAGCUUAGGUAGAAAAUUGACGCUUAGGUAUUUUUUCGCUUAUCUGACUUAAAGUCGCUCGUCGAAAUGUUCGACGUAGUAUUUUUUUCUUAUUUUAUAAUUAUUAUUCGUUAUAGCCAUUGCCAAAUGAAACGUGUAUGUAAUUUUGUAUAUUAAGUAUGUAUUAUAUAAAUAUUAUUACUAAAAUAAUGGUUAAUAAAAAAGUGUAUGAAAAUUGGCAUGUUAAAAAUAUAUGUACUUGUACAUACCUACAUAAGUCGAUCCGGCUAGAUCGAAAUUAUAAGAGGUAACCAAAUUCUGUGGUACAAUAAUAAAUUUACGUGUUGAGGCCUUUAUGAAUCGAAAUCUGCCAUCUUUUGACUAAAAAACUAAAUUUCAAAAAAUAUUUUGUCAGUUAUCGCCAAAAAAUAAUGCGGGCUACCUAAUAAGUACAUAAGCUAUACCUACAUAAAAUAUCUUAUAUAGUAAGCCUUCUAGUGUCCUGCUAAAUAGGUACCUACCUAGUUAUACCUACUGGUCUAGCUCUAAACUUUCUAACCGGAUCGACAUGUUUUCUACAAGCACAGAAUGACCAGCCCAUUUUGGCGGUAUCUCAUAGAAAGGAUGUUAGUUAAUUAUAAUAUCAUAUGGUUGUUGACUUUGUGUAGGUAAUAUUAAGUAAGAAAGUGUCUACUUCAUAAGCAGAUUGAUGUCAAUCAGUGUGGUCAAUUAGUAUGGACCGUAAAAUAAGUUCAAUUUCAUUUGGGUAUAAGAUGCACUAUGGUCGUGCUUCGUAGAUGUAAGCGUUUCGUAAGAAAUUCAGUAGGUAUAUGUCUAACAUCUACCUGAGGAUUAGAAAAUUAUUGUACACAUUGUUGUUGCAGAACAAAGACUCUAGUGUAACUCUUUGACGUGACGUAUACAUACGGUACGCACGCACGUACGUAUGCGCAGUAGGAACGGACGAUCAAACGUUCUGAUUUGACAUCUGCAUACAAUUUUGGCAAAUUAACUGAUCAUCUUCGAUGCGAGAUAAUAAAUUACCUACCUAUCCUUACCCCAAAGUCACGCUUUUGACUUCAAAACUAGGGCCUACACAGAAAUACUUGACCCCUGAGCAAUUUCAUUGAUCCAAAUAUGACCCUAUACUCGUUUGUAUGCCAUUUCUGCAAUGUAAUUGCAAUUAUGAAAUAGAAAUAAAAAUAUUUUUUUAUUCAAAUAACUUUUACAUGUGCUUCUGAACCGCCAAAAGAAUCUACCACUGCACUCAUGGUUUGAUAUGCCUCACUUUCGUCUUACUGAAAAAGCUAUGUGGUUAAGCAGUGUAUUGUUUUGUUUUUUUUUUAUCAAGAAUUUAUUAUUAAUGAAGUUACCUAAUUAUUGUAAAAUGGUUGUUUAAAUUUGAUUUACCUAAAUAGACCUUGAUCUGUAGUUUUAAAUUCUUUAAUUAGGUAGGUAUUCUAUCUAUCUGUCUACCCACAAAACGUUUUCUUAAUUUUAAUAUAACAAUUAUGUUCACAUUUGACAGAAUCAAGAAACUAUGAAAUUCCAGUGCCCUGGGUGUAAGUUUUUAAGUAAAAAAAAAACGUGACACUCGAGUUACGCUAAUCUGCCAUAGUAUGGAGAUGUCAAAUCACGACGUUUGUAAAUGAUAGAUUUACUUACCUACUCUUACGUUAUUGAACAUCUAUUGAACAUCAUUCUAAUAAACUUGAAAACUUACACUAGGGUCUCUGAAAAUAUAUGCGUUGAGGAUAUAUUAUACUUUGAGUUUGGUGGCUGGGGCCAAGACAGUACCCCACAAACAUCUAGUAGGUAAUUUAUUUUGUACAACGUUAAAGUUUUAUGUUUGCCUUAUUAUGUUUAUGCAGUAAAUUUGUUUCUUUUUGGUUGCUUAAUUUUAAUGUAACAAUAUUAAGACAAAAUGUCAAAGAAUUAGUUAAGAUAGGAAAAUUAUGUGUUUAAAUGUAAAUAUAUAGAUGAAAACAUGUUUGUCGAAGUACAUAAAUAUUAUUUAUGUAAUAAAUUUGAUAUUGUUUUCAAAAUUUCA